AUGCCCAACACCUUCUCCUCUCUCCUCUGGUGGAUUGGUAAAAAGUUGCGUAGAAGGAACACAGUUAGUAAUGGAGACAGUGGCAACGAUAACGACAACGUUAAUGUUGUCGGUGCGGCAGUUGUGGAUGAUAAUCCAUUUGGCAGCACGGUGGAAUGUUACGCUUGCACGCAGGUAGGCGUGCCGGUGUUUCACUCCACCAGCUGCGACAGUUUUAACCAGCCGCAAUGGGAGGCUUCGGCCGGGUCCUCUCUCGUUCCGAUCCAGAACCGUCCCAAUAAGGUUCUCGGCUUUCGAGCUGUGUCCGGGUCGAAUGUUGGACCUUUUGGACGGGUUUUAGAUCCGCGGAGCAAGCGCGUGCAGAAAUGGAACCGGGCGCUGCUGCUGGCGCGUGGGGUGGCGUUGGCGAUAGACCCGCUGUUCUUCUACGCGCUGUCGAUCGGGAGGGAGGGGUCGCCGUGUCUGUACAUGGACGGCGGCCUGGCGGCGAUGGUGACGGUGGCGCGGACGUGCGUGGACGCGGUGCACCUCUUGCACGUGUGGCUGCAGUUCAGGCUGGCGUACGUGUCGCGCGAGUCGCUGGUGGUGGGGUGCGGGAAACUGGUGUGGGACGCGCGCGAGAUCGCGUCGCAUUACCUGCGAUCGAUGAAGGGAUUCUGGUUCGACGCAUUCGUGAUUCUCCCCGUUCCCCAGGCUGUGUUUUGGUUGAUAGUGCCAAAAUUGAUAAGAGAAGAGCAAAUUAAAAUCAUUAUGACCAUAAUGCUAUUGAUUUUUUUGUUCCAAUUUCUCCCCAAGGUUUACCAUAGCAUCUGCAUGAUGAGAAGAAUGCAAAAAGUCACAGGCUACAUCUUUGGUACCAUUUGGUGGGGCUUUGGUCUCAAUCUCAUUGCUUAUUUUAUUGCUUCCCAUGUUGCUGGAGGCUGCUGGUAUGUCCUUGCAAUUCAACGAGUUGCAUCAUGCCUUCGGCAGCAGUGUGAGAGAACUAACGGAUGCAAUCUUUCUGUGUCAUGCUCAGAGGAGGUAUGCUACCAGUCUUUGUCAAGUGCAAUCGGAAAUUCAUGCGGUGGAAACUCAACAGUGGUGUUAAGAAAGCCUUGGUGCUUAGAUGUCGAAGGACCUUUCAAAUAUGGGAUCUACCAAUGGGCACUUCCAGUCAUAUCAAGCAACUCAUUGGCUGUAAAGAUUCUUUAUCCCAUUUUUUGGGGUUUGAUGACCCUCAGCACUUUCGGAAAUGAUCUUGAACCCACAAGUGACUGGCUAGAAGUUAUUUUCAGUAUAUGCAUUGUACUCAGUGGACUUUUGCUCUUUACAUUAUUGAUUGGUAACAUUCAGGUAUUCUUACAUGCUGUCAUGUCAAAGAAGAGAAAGAUGCAACUGAGAUGUCGAGAUAUGGAAUGGUGGAUGAGGAGGAGGCAGUUGCCAUCACGAUUAAGACAAAGAGUUCGCCAUUUUGAACGACAGAGAUGGGCUGCGAUGGGAGGAGAAGAUGAGAUGGAAAUGAUCAAAGAUUUGCCUGAGGGGCUGAGGAGGGACAUCAAGCGCUAUCUUUGCCUCGACCUCAUUAGAAAGGUUCCUUUGUUCCACAACUUGGAUAACCUUAUUCUUGACAACAUCUGUGACAGGGUGAAGCCCCUAGUCUUCUCUAAAGAUGAGAAGAUAAUCAGAGAAGGUGAUCCUGUACCAAGGAUGGUGUUCAUAGUCCGAGGACGCAUAAAACGCAACCAAAGUUUGAGCAAAGGCAUGGUAGCCUCAAGCAUCCUUGAGCCUGGAGGGUUUUUGGGCGACGAGCUACUAUCAUGGUGCCUUCGCCGGCCGUUUAUAGAUAGACUUCCGGCCUCCUCAGCGACAUUUGUGUGUCUUGAAUCAGCAGAAGCCUUUGGCCUUGAUGCAGAUCACUUGAGGUACAUCACUGAUCACUUCAGGUACAAGUUUGCCAAUGAGAGGCUGAAGAGAACAGCAAGAUAUUACUCAUCCAAUUGGAGAACCUGGGCUGCUGUCAACAUUCAAUUUGCUUGGAGACGUUACAGGCAGAGGACUAGAGGUCCAGUGACCCCUGUAAGGGACAUUGGAGGCACUGAGCGCAGGCUCUUGCAAUAUGCUGCAAUGUUCAUGUCAAUAAGGCCACAUGACCAUCUUGAAUGA